AUGACCAUCACCGAUGACACACCUACGCAUAGGCAAAAAGUUGCAGUUUGUGGGUCAGUUGGUACUGGAAAGUCAUCUUUGUUAUAUGCUAUACUUGGAGAAAUAUCCAAAACUUUAGGAACAGUGGGUGUAUUUGGGUCAAUUGCAUAUGUUAUUCAAACAUCUUGGAUUCAAAGUAGGACAAUUCAAGAUAACAUAUCGAAUGGAAAGCCAAUGGAGAGAAGUAAAUAUGAAAAGUCCAUAAAGGCAUGUGCUUUGGAUAAGGAUAUUGAAGCUUUUAACCAUGGAGAUCUAACAAAAAUAGGACAAAGAGGGCUUAACAUGAGUGGGGUACAUAAACAGAGGAUUCAACUUGCUCGAGCAGUUUACAAUGAUGUUGACAUAUAUCUUCUUGAUGACCCUUCCAGUGCUUUAUAUGCAGAUACAACAACAACUCUCUUUAAUAAGAAAACCAUCAUUCUUAUCACUCAUGAAGUGGAGUUUCUCUCAUCUAUUGACAAUAUUCUGGUUAUGAAAGACGAUAAAGUUACACAAUCAGGAAACUAUGAGGAGCUCUUGAUGGCAGGAACUGCAUUUGAAGAGCUUGUGAAAGCUCAUAAAGAUGCCAUUACAGCUGAUAUUGGUCAGAUCCUUAUUGAUAAGUAUCAACUUAAAACUACUAUCAUGAAUCUUCCACAUUUGCUGGAUUCCUUAGUGAGUGACGAAGGAGAGAACUGGAGUGCUGGGCAAAGACAGCUCUUUUGUCUUGGAAGAGUUUUACUCAGAAGAAACAAAAUCCUGGUGUUGGAUGAAGCCACUGCAUCCAUCGAUUCAGCCACAGAUACCAUCCUAUAG